AUAGUUUGGUAUCCUUAUUUCCUCCAAGUAAGGAUCCAAUGGAGUUUCAUGUUAUAAUCUUUACUAGUUAUCUUCUGCUUGCGCAUGCAGUUGGAGUUAAUGGUUUCCCGAUGGAUGAUUUGAUAAGUAAAUUACCGGGUCAACCCGAUGUUCAUUUCAGACAAUUUUCUGGGUAUAUUGAUGUGGAUGAUGGUGGUUUCGGUCCAAGUCUUUUUUAUUACUUUGUUGAAGCUGAAAAAGAUCCCAUGAAUCAACCCCUCACUAUUUGGUUGACCGGAGGACCCGGGUGCUCUUCGGUUGGAGAUGGGUUUUCUAGUGUUGGUCCUUUUGUUACAACAAGAAAUGCUCGUGCCCUCGAGAAGAAUCUGUUCUCUUGGAACAAAGUGUCAAAUCUGUUGUUCAUCGACUCUCCUAUUGGAUGUGGAUGGUCAUAUUCAAAUACGAUUAGCGAUUAUAAUAACGGAGAUGACAGUACUACAAAAAUAUUGGUUAGCUUCAUGCAAAAAUGGUACGGAAAAUACCCAGAAUUCAAGUCGAGAGAUGUGUUUCUAGCUGGAUCAAGCUAUGCAGGACAUUUCGUACCUAAUCUUGCUAAUGCUUUACUUGAUCACAACAAGCAAUCCAAGGACUUCAAAUUCAAUGUCAAAGGAUUGGCUUUAGGGAACCCGUUGCUUCGUAAAAAGCUAGACGCAUUAGCAAUGUACGAUUACUUUCACUCGAUAGGGCUGGUAAACAAUACAGUGUACGAGCAAGCCAAGAAGGAAUGCAAGACCCUUGACGAAAACAAUUACUCUUCUAAAUUCGAAACCAAUUGGACUAAACCUUGCAACGAUCUUAUUGAGAAUGCCCCUUUCAUCGCUUUCAAUUCUUCCGAUCGAGGUUAUGUCAUUUCGAAACGCUUCGAUGUCCAACGCGAUCCCUGCGACAUGAAAAAAUUGAAUGAUUUGAGCCUAGGCAAAGAGCUUACCAAGGUUAGUCAUGGGGCAGACAUGUGUGCUGCCCCAAGGGCGCAGUUCUAUUUUAAUCUUCCGGAAGUUCAGAAAGCUUUCCACGGGAACCGAACCAGCUUGUCAUAUUCAUGGAAGGGUUGUUACUCGGAUAAAUUUAAGUUCAACGAGAAUGAUAAGAACCGUGACAUGCUUCCCGCCUUAAAAAGGCUUCUCCAACAAUCGGUUCACAUUACAAUAUUCAGCGGAGAUGUAGACGCUCUGGUGCCUGCAGUGGGAACCUUACAACAUUUGUACAAAUUGGCCGAGGACUUAAACAUCAAAUCUACAAAAGAAGAAACCUGGAGUUAUGAAAACAAGGAUGGAGGGAGGAAGUAUUCAUUUGGAGACUUAUUGACGUUCUUCAUAGUGAAAGGAGGUGAUCAUCAUGUUACAUUUUCUCAACCAUCCCAAGCUCUUUAUAUCUUCACUAAUUUUACGAUCAAUCGGAUUCACAACGAAAGCAGUGAAACCCGAAGAGCACUGGGGACCAAUCCUUCCUGUCUACUUUACACCCAAAACUCAAGGCCAAAUCAAGCUUAUCAACCAAAGCCACCUCCACCACCCCAACAGCCGCAAAAGUCAUCGUUAGAGUUAAUUGUUGAAAGUUUAGCUCUUUCCCAAGAAAAGUUACAGAUUCGUAUCGAAGCCCACUUACAAGAUAUGGACAAGCAGAUGAGCCAACUGGCUCAAACCGUAGGAUGCUUAGAAUUACAAGGUAAACUUUCGUCUCAAAUAGAGGUAAAUCCAAGGGAGAAUGUCAGUGCCAUCACUCUUCGGAGUGGUAUAGUAGUCACGCCACCUAUUCCAAAAUAUAAAUCAAUCCAAAAAGGGAAGAAGAUUGGUUAUUCAGGAUCCCAGAAGAAGAUUGAUGAAGUACAAACGGAUCCAAUACCAUCUCCCUAUGACAUGCCACCACCUUUUCCAUCGAGGGAGUUAGAAGAUCACGAUGAGGAAAUCAGGAAGUGGAAACAAUAG